GUCUUAGAAGGGUGCAGAGUACUUACACACAGAAGCAUACUGCAAGAGUAGCAAGACCUGACUAGAUUUCUUCCAAGGAUGUCCACAGUUACUUCAGUUGAUGUGAAUGGCCUAACAGUCAAUCAAGAACUCCCACAACAAAGAGCUGGAGCAGGAACCAUUUAUGAGAACAUGACCACAGUUCAGUCUAUUCCUCAUCUGGAAUUUUUUCCAAAAACACAUGCAGUGGCACUUGGGACUGUCCAGAUCAUGACUGGUUUUGUGAUUGUGUUACUUAGCAUUGUCAUGGGAUUUGAUUCCCCCAUUACAGCUGGUGUCGUCAGCUGGAUUGUGUACUGGGGACCUCUUAUUUUUAUUGUAGCAGGUUCUUUAACCAUUGCUGCAGAGAACAAACUCAGUCCCUGUCUGGUGAAAUGUUCUCUUGGAAUAAAUGUGAUAAGUGCAGUAACUGCAGGAAUAGCCAUCUUUUUACUGAUGCUAGAUAUUUACACUAUCUCAUUUUAUGGACCUCUACAUAAUCAAAAUAGUGCAUCCUUGCUAUACCUUCCUGGGAUUAGUGGUGUGUUGGAGGUGUUCUUCAUCCUUCAGUUUAUAAUAUCCAUCUGUCUGUCUGCAUUUGCAUGCAAAACCAUCACCUAUUGUCACCUUUCACAAGCAGUUACUUUAACUCCAAAUGAACAGUCCUUCUCUGAGCCGGUUCCCGUCACCAUUCCCAGUGUCACAGAGGGUUUACAGGAUUAUGUUAAUAUGAAUGGGAUGUCUGAAGUGGUCAGUGGACAAAGCGACCCCUCUCCAACAACAAGAAACAAUACGAUUGGCCAGAACAAUGAGCAUGAGUAUGAAAAACCAAAUAACAAUUACAUGCUCACAAUAGACUAAAUACGGUUACACUUUAUUUUGAUAGUCCAGUUUAGACAUUCUACUAACUAUAAAUAACUUUGCAACUACAUGUCAACUAACUUUCAAUAUUUUGCAACUAUACGUCAACUAACUGUCAUCAGUGUAUUAGUAGACUGUAAGGGUUGGGGUUAGGGAAGAGGUUUGGGUUAGUGGAAUAAGUUGACAUGCACCUGCAAAGAUACUUAUAGACAGUUGAAUGUCUGUUGAGAUAUCAUCACAAUAAAGUGUUAGUAGAUAUUAAGCAGACAAUCUACUAAUUCUCUAAAGAUUGGUAGUUGAUAAGUAGUUACAAAGUUACUUAUAGUUAGUAAAAUGUCUAAAGUGGACUAUCGAAAUAAAGUGUUACCCUAAAUACACAAUUAAAUCAACACAACAGACGCUAUAUAUAAUUUAGAUCAUAAAGACACAAAGGGACUUAGAUUAAUCCAGGACUAUAUGCCUUAGUUAUGUCAGGACAAGUCGUUUUUACUAACAUACUUAACAAAAACAAUACUGGUAUGGUAUACAUCUUGAGACAAAACAACUAAGGGUGUUUUCACAUAUAGUUAAUGUUAAAAGAACCAAACCAAGUUCACUUAAAGUGAACCAGAAAAGGAACUAGCCGAAUGUGACCCCAGUCCUUUUGGUGUUCACAAUAUAGUGGAGUCAAAAGAGGACCCAGUUCUUUUUUUAGUCCUCUUCAGAACUGAAGUGAUCUCAGACCCUUUCUUGUUCACAUCACAUCUUCAAGAACUCAGACCCCAGCUUUCUGUGCAGCAGUUUAUUUUGAUACAAUGUCAAAACCACACGCAAAACGGACCGGGACCUCAUUGAUUUCACACAUCAAAAAGAAAUCGAACUACAAAAGAACUCAGCAGCGAACCGUACUCAGACCACCUCCAGACGUGGUCUGAGUUCGGUUCGCUUUUGGGUCCUUUAAGGGGGGUCUGAGAUCACUUGGUUUAUUCACAUAUACACCCUGAACAGCUCUGAGAGCGUUUGGAGGGCUCAAACGAACUAGGUGUGAAAACACCCUAAUACAGUAUAUGUUGAGAUAUGUCAGAGCUACAUGUUUCCUGGAAACAUAUAGAAGGAAUACAACUUAGUAAAAUCUAUUAUACAUUAUACAUCAUUAUAAUGCUGGUGUAUAUGGACCAGAGUUUUAUUUACACAGUUGUUGUUGUUGUUCAUUUUGGUGUACUGAGAUGAUGUUUUUGUUAUUAUUCAACACAAAUUACCCACUCUUACUUUAUAAGUGUGAUUUGUAAAAUUUACU